AUGGACGUUAAUUGCGAGAGAUUGAGUAAUAAAGGCGGACAACGCCACAGCUACAGCCACAGCAGCCGCGUGGCCGUGCAAAGGCAACGUUACGACGAUGUGGCACGCUCAGUAAGCCAAACGGUGGCCACUUAUGCGCUACGCAGUCGGCGACGAUCGGCAGCAGCAGCGGCGGCGCAACGCAUGCAAAAUGCUACAGACACCGGCGGAGGAGAACGCCUGAGCGAUCAUCACAGAGCGAAUGGCAGAGGAACGGAAGCGGCAACAGUAGCGGCAAUCACAUCUCAGCAAAUGUCAGCUGCCGAAUUGGCCUUGGCUGAGGGAAGCGCAGCUGCGCGGCAAAAUGUUUGCGUCAUUUGUCGUCAGCGAGUGGAGGAAUGUUGCACGCGUUGUUGCAGCACUUUUGCAGCAACAUCGGCAGCCAGCAGCAGCAGCAGCACGCGGAAAGCGCCAGCCAACUAUGGUCAAAGCUUGCGGAGCAGCUGUUGUCAGCGCGACACUGGCGUACGGCAGCAAAUCGUUAGUGCAGCAGUGGUGGAAGUGGCAACACCAACAUUUGCAACAACAGCGUGUGACUGUCAACUUGGUGCUACCGAACGACAUCAAUGGCAACCAAACGAGUUUGAUUGCGGCGCUGAGCGAGCGGCACUUUUGGGCGAAGACCGCUGCUCACCAGCCGAGCAGUAUGCAACAAAGCUGACGAGUUGUGCCACAUCUGCGCCAGAGUUACAGCAGCGGCAGCCGGUAAUGCAACAAUGCACGCAUCCUACUUCUGAAGUGGCAACAACUGCAGCUGUGUGUUGCAGCUGUCGACGGCGGACGCAUUGGGCCACGUGCAACGUGCCACAAACACCUAACACAGCUGCAACAGCAUCACACUUUUCAAAAGCAACAACAAAUUCAACAACAAAUACAUCACCAAUGGAGGUUGCAACAACAACAAGCAUUGAUUUAGAUUUGACAACAGCGUCCGAAUCGCCCGCAUCACCAGCAUCACCAGCACAAUCAUUUGCAACAACAGCAACAGUAUCAGCAACACCACCAACAUCAACAUCAACAUCAACAUCAACAUCGUCAUCAUCAUUACCAGCACUCGCCGCCGGUACAAAAUUCAUCGAGCAACGCCAAAAUAUGCUAACUACAACCAAAACAGCUGUUACGGCAGUGGCAGAAGCAACAACAACAACAACAACAACGACGAGUUUAUAUGCGCCUGCGCCUAGGCCCAUCGACAGAACGUUGCGUACGUUUCAAUUGUUGUUGCUGUGGAUUCAAGUGCAACUAUUACGACCCAUCUGCCAGCGACUCAAUAGUUUUCUACACAAACAUAACAGCAACAGCAACAGCAACAACAACAAACAUACGACGAAUAUUGGUGUUGUCGAUGUCGCCUACGUCGCUGUUGCUGAUGUGAUAACAGCACCCAAUUGGCAAUAA